GUCUAAAUUUGUAUACGCCGAAUAAACAUCGAAGACAGAUCGAAAUACAAGUAGGGCGCAGAAAGCUGACGAAAUGUCUAGUAAUUGCGGGAACGAUGGCGAUGGCGGGGAGCGACAAAAGCACGAUCCCAUCGAAAUGGGAAAGCUAUUGUGCCCAAAAGACUUAUCAGCCCCAGCAGCAACGGACACUACAGCCACAUCAACAAGCCAUCAGCUCAGCAAAGUCACCCUGCCAGAGCGUGGUAGUUGGAGCUCCAAGCUCGAUUUCAUCUUGUCUGUAGUCGGCCUUGCGAUUGGCUUAGGCAAUGUCUGGCGGUUUCCCUACUUGUGCUAUAAGAAUGGAGGCGGUGCGUUUAUUCUUCCAUAUAUUUUGACACUGUUUUUAGCAGGAAUUCCGAUGUUCUUCAUGGAGCUGGCGCUGGGUCAAAUGUUGACUAUCGGUGGCCUGGGCGUGUUCAAAAUCGCUCCAAUUUUUAAAGGAAUUGGAUAUGCUGCGGCUGUGAUGUCGUGCUGGAUGAAUGUUUACUAUAUUGUUAUCUUGGCCUGGGCAGUGUUCUACUUCUUCAUGUCCAUGCGUGCUGACGUACCGUGGCGCACAUGCAACAACUGGUGGAACACAGUCAGCUGUGUGAGUCAGUACGAGAGACAGAACCUUAAUUGCUGGGACAAGAUGAUCAAUGGAACAGCGGGCAAGGUUUGCUCAGUGGCAGCCGUAAAUAUUUCGACAACUGAGCUUACAGAUCCGGUCAAAGAGUUUUGGGAGCGAAGGGCAUUGCAGAUUUCCUCCGGUAUCGAUGAUUUGGGUAAUAUUCGCUGGGAGCUUGCGGGCACCUUGCUGCUGGUUUGGAUCCUUUGCUAUUUCUGCAUCUGGAAGGGCGUUAAGUGGACCGGCAAAGUCGUUUACUUCACUGCACUCUUCCCAUACGUUUUGCUGACCGUUUUACUGAUUCGCGGAAUUACCCUGCCUGGUGCUCUCGAGGGCAUCAAGUUCUAUAUCAUACCCAACUUUUCAAAACUCACUCAUUCCGAGGUAUGGAUUGAUGCCGUAACGCAAAUCUUCUUCUCAUAUGGAUUGGGCUUGGGAACUUUGGUGGCCCUCGGAAGUUACAAUAAGUUUACGAACAAUGUGUAUAAGGACGCGCUGAUUGUAUGCACAGUGAACUCGAGCACGAGUAUGUUUGCGGGCUUCGUCAUAUUCUCAGUUAUCGGAUUCAUGGCUCACGAACAACAAAGGCCAAUAGCCGAGGUGGCCGCAUCAGGCCCCGGAUUGGCCUUCCUUGUGUAUCCGUCGGCGGUGCUUCAGCUUCCAGGAUCUCAAAUUUGGUCAUGUCUCUUCUUCUUCAUGCUGCUUCUUAUAGGUCUAGAUUCCCAGUUCUGUACUAUGGAAGGUUUCAUCACUGCCAUCAUCGACGAGUGGCCACAACUGCUACGCAAACGCAAGGAGAUCUUCAUAGCCAUCGUAUGCAUGCUGAGCUAUUUGGUUGGCUUGACCUGCAUAACACAAGGUGGCAUGUAUAUUUUCCAAAUACUUGAUUCGUAUGCAGUGAGUGGCUUCUGCUUGCUCUGGCUUAUAUUCUUUGAGUGCGUCUCAAUAUCGUGGUGUUACGGCGUAGAUCGUUUCUACGAUGGCAUCAAAGACAUGAUUGGAUACUACCCAACGGUUUGGUGGAAGUUUUGCUGGUGUGUCACAACGCCUGCAAUAUGCUUGGGUGUGUUCUUCUUCAAUAUAGUGCAAUGGACGCCAAUCAAAUAUCUGGACUACAGCUAUCCUUGGUGGGCACAUGCGUUCGGUUGGUUCACUGCAUUGUCUUCGAUGCUGUACAUUCCAGCCUAUAUGUUUUGGCUAUGGAAAAGAACGCCUGGAGACUUAUGCGAUAAAAUACGUUCAAUCGUUCGAAUCGAUGAGGACAUCACGCGGUUACGUGAGAAAAUGCAGCACGAAGCUUAUGCUAAGGAAGUUGAGUUCAAUUCAUAAUAGAAUUCGAAUCAAUGCCGAAAAGUACUCGCCAGUUAAACAAAUAAUUCAAAUUGCAAUAUUUUAUAUACGAUUUUGAUGCAGCUUUAGUUGUAGAAUUGUUGUACGCUGUUCGUGAAUAAGUAAUAUUUUGUUUUUGUUUUCUUUUUGGUAUAGCAACAACAGCCCAGAGCGCGUCAGCGCUUAUGAAUGAUUCAUUUGUGUCAGUGUAUUCGAUAUGCUCUUAAUGUUGAAAUAAAUUUUAAUUUAAUUUAGGUUAGUCUUCACAGUUUACUCUAUUGCAGAGUGUAAUCGUCAGCAUACGAGUGCAACGAGUGCAAUUGAUCAAAAUUAUGAAAUCGAUAAGUGAAUAUUUCUAAGCUCUAAUCGCACAUUAAGUGUUAAAGUUAAAGUACAUACAUACAUGCAUACAAACAUACAUACAUUCGAGCAUAGAAUGAUGCGCGAGUGGAAUAUGUGUACUAUAUUGUAUACAGUACGUCAGUGGCUUACUUUAAUUAAUGAAUAAAUUAAUUUAGUCGUAAAUUAUUUAUACAGCCUAGAGAUUAUUUAGCUAUUAAAUUACCUUCAUAUCCAUAAUGCACACCUACAUUUAACGAGAUACACUGCUCUUCGGUAUCAAAUGCAAAGACAACUCACAGAUACAAAUCGACCGUUGAGUAUGUACAUAAGUAUACAUAUGGAAUAUAUAAAGUAUUUGCGCAAUUUAGCUUUAUGAACUGGUUUAAAUGUUAAGAAGUCGCUUGCUUGUGUCAAUUAGUACUAUUUCUUAUUAUUAAUCAUCAAGUUGAAUAAACUGUUACCAUUCAAUAA